AGUACCGGUUACUAUGCGUGGUUACUAUGGUUUACGGUGAGGACAUCAUCGGCCAGUGUGCCCUGCGUGCUCAGUAAUCGGAUCAGACACGCGGUUGCGCUGUUUACGGUUGUCUACUAAACUUUACACGCACGGUCUUUAUACUUUCUAUGAGACACCGAUUCUUUUGAAUGAAAAGAUCUGUUUUAUAUAUCACUGGUUGAAACCGGUGCGUUAAGCUUCAUCAAUGGAAUAAGGAAAUUUGCACAUCAUCGGUGAGAGCAGGUGAGAGCUCGAAUGCCUCAAUUUUAAAUAUGCCGGACACAAGACUUAUAAAGCCGAAACCGGUUGCAACGAAACCUAAGCCUGUGAACAAGAAAGCCAGUACAGCUGAAACCACAGCUGAAACCACACCUGCAGCCAGAACCAGAGAUGUCGGUCACCGCAAAAACAGGGCAUCAAGCUGCCCAAGAUGCACCCGUGACACCGAAUACAAACCCAAAGCAACGGAGAGAAGCAAUAAAGUAAUACAGGCGAAACCGGCCGAGACUUCAACGAGGUCAAAACCUGCGAAAUAUGCACCGAAGGAACAACCAAUGCCAAAAACAUACGCGCUUUCUGAAAUCCACAGUCAAAAGGCAUUUACAGUAUUUGCACCAAACCCAAAGAAAAGACAAGACAUUCAGCAAAAAGCUGAAGCAGAACUGGCAGCUCUGGAGGAUCUGCGCUUGAGUCGGGCCAUGGGUUACAUUUCCAUAUCUCCUAGUACUGUGGGUGGCUGCUUAACUCUGGAGGAGGUCAGGGCAAAACAACAACAAGAAAUGCAAAUCAAGAGAAGACAAAAGCAGGUUAAAAAUGUGUUUUAGAAACUUCUUCGUUGUGCAACAAUAACGGUUAGAAUACUGCCGACAAAAGAUCACCAUUAUAUUUCUAUCUAGUUUGCUUUUUAAUUUUAAAAGUGCAGCUAAUCUCCAUUGACUUCCUGAUGUGACCUUAUGUUCUAAAUCUAUAUUCAUUAAGUUUUUUGUGAAAUGUAUGACUCUUAUGUUUGUUCUGAAGUCUGGGUUGUGUGAUUAGAUGUGAUUUAAAUGCAAAUGCAUCCCAUUAGAUGGUAUACUGACAAAUAGGUUGUAAAUUAAAAUGAAAGAAUAACAAUCAGAAUAUAAUGACAGUGUGUUCGUUAUAUUCGGUGCACGCAAAUGUUUUGAAAACAGUGUAAAAUACUUUUUCUUUCUUUAAAAAUUUUAAGUGACAAAAACACAUUGUCUUAUUACAAUUGCAAAGCAUGGUGUAGUAAUUCAGCUUAAUUUGGUCUAUUAUUUCAUGCAAACGGUCCUCCUGCUGAUCUGUUUUUCCUCUGUUUCUUAGCAACAAGGAUUUUUCUCUCUUUGUUUUGUCCUCUGUGUAUAUUCUGGGAGCUGUCUGCUUUGAAGGCUCCAAAAAUAUGAACCAGGGUCCUGUUGCCUGGCAAGAGGAGAGUGACAACAUAAUGAAAGGUAGACGAUAGGUGAGGGCAAAUAAAUUAAUAAAAUAAAUAAUUAAAUCGGGCAUUAUGGAGCUCCCCUCUUCCCAGGCAAAUUAAAAGGAAUAGUUCACCCAGAAAUAAAAAUGUACUCACCCUCAGGU